AUGAGGUUUUGGAGGGAGCGUGAAAAGAAAAAUAAGGAACAGAUCGUCGCGCCAUUAUGCGGCCAAAUCCGAGUAUUGGUGGUUGGUGAUUCAGGUGUUGGGAAAUCAUCUCUUGUGCAUCUCAUUGUGAAAGGCUGCUCUAGUGCUCGCUCAUCUCAAACAAUUGGAUGUGCUGUUGGUGUCAAGCACUUAACGUAUGGAAGUCCUGCUAGCUCUUCAAGUAGCAUUAAGAGUGACUCAGAGAGAGAUUUCUUUGUCGAACUAUGGGAUGUGUCAGGUCAUGAAAGAUACAAAGAUUGCCGCUCACUGUUCUAUUCACAAAUCAAUGGAGUCAUUUUUGUCCAUGAUCUUUCCCAAAGAAGAACAAAGACAAAUUUGCAGAAAUGGGCAGCUGAAGUUGCAGAAAGAGGGACGUUUUCAGCUCCUCUUUCUUCUGGUGGACCUGGUGGGCUUCCAGUCCCGUACAUUGUGAUUGGAAACAAAGCCGAUAUCGCUGCAAAGGAAGGAACAAGUGGAAGCAGUGGAAAUCUCGUUGAUGUAGCUCGCCAAUGGGUUGAGAAGCAAGGUCUUCUUCCCCAUAGUGAUGAACUUCCUCUCUAUGAGAGCUUCCCUAGCAAUGGUGGUCUCAUAACGGCUGCCAAAGAAGCUAGAUAUGACAAAGAAGCUCUCAACAAAUUUCUCCGUAUGUUGAUAAGAAGAAGGUAUUUCUCAGACGAAAUACCAUCGUCUUCUUCAACGUGGUCUCUUUCCCCUGCACCUUCACAGCGGUUAGACGACGGCACAAGCGAUGAUGAUCAAUCCUAUAAAAGGUCAAGCCUGAGAGGAGGAGAUCCAUACAAGUAUAACAACACGUUAGCGCCACGCAACCUCACGCAGCAGCCUCCUACGACGCUCUAUCCGCAGCAACCUGACCGGUACAACUACGCCGUCCCACGAUUCUCUCUUUCCAGUAGUGUCGAGGAAACCAACAACGGUAAUGCCAGGUCUAACUACGUCUGA